CUGCGGCGGCUGCUGCGUAUCAUGUCUUGUGUUCGUGCGCCUGGACCAGUCUGACGCGUGCGACCAGACCCGCAGAGCCCUUCGACCGCGCUGAUGCUGUGAAUGGAGACGCGUCAGCAUCGUGGUUCGUCGAGGAGGAGGACAACAACACUCGUCCAGGUGCUGCGGGGGGAGAGGAGGAGGCUGCUGCGUCGUGGCGUCAGAGCCGCUCCAUCCCCACGGUCAUCCUCCGAGACGAGUCCUGCGUGCAGGGUCGGGCUGUUCGUCGGCGGAGAACAAGUGCAGUCGUCCGGCGAUCGCUCUUCGUGUUUAGGUGUUGACCACCACACAGACUGUGGAUGAGGCUUCCCGGGGGCUUCUCGUGGAGGGGGUCCGCGGCGUAAAGGGGCUUUUCCGAUAAUCCAUUUUAUAGUCUUGGGGCAGUAAAGUCUGGUCAGUGUCAGGGCGGCUCAGGGGCCUGGGAUGAUGUGAUUGGAUGUGAUGCUGGGAUGCGCAGGCCCGCUCCAACUGACCCAGCGUCAGUGUUCCUCCUCGUGACUCCGCACGCAGGCUCCCAUUCAUCAGCUCCUCUCUGGACCACGAUCCAUCAGCCAUUCAGCUGGAGGCUGCUGCCGAUUCCCAUUCAUGAAGUCGACCUCUCCUUGGUGGGUUGGCAUGGCCCAGUGAUGAACGGAGCGGUGGUGCCCGGUAGCCCGGAGAUCUCCUCUUCGUGCCCACUGCCUGACUGGCGAGAGUUCUGUGAGCUCCAUGCUCGGGCCUCUGCUGCAGACUUUGCUGACAAGUUCCAGCGUUUCCUGUCAGAAAACCCGUGUUACGAUUCGCCCGGCGCGGAUGCCAGCUUCUCACAGCACUUUGCCCAACACUUCCUGGAGUGCUUCACUGCAGCUCUGACCCAGGCUCGGGAGAACCAGGCGUCCUCGCCGGGGGAGGACGGCUCCAACGCGGCACCCAAAUACAGCAUUGUUCCUUUCCUGGGAAUCCAGGGCUGCCCACUGUCCUACGGUCACGACCUCUACCAGAGACGCAAGGACGCUGGGGCUUCAAGUGAGUCCCUGGACAGUAUGGACAGUGGAGGGGGAGGGAUAGAUGGGGGAGGCAGUGGCACCACUGCCUCCCGAGGCCUCCAGCCGGCCCACAAAGUGUCUGCUCUGGGACAGUCCCGCAGCUCAGAGGACGUGUCGGUGAAUCACCCAAAGGCUCGCUUCAAGAAGGGCUUCUCCCUGAGGAACAUGAGCCUGUGUGUGGUGGAUGGGGUGAAGGAGAUGUGGCACCGACGGGCCUCCCCCGAGCCCGACGCUCCCUGUGGAGCCAGGAAAGCUAACGGGGGAGGAGGAGGAGCAGGAGGGGAGGCUGCGGGGGGAGAGAAGUGGUCCCAAAAGCUGCGGCUUCCCAGGGGUUCACAGGGCCACAAGGCAGAGCUGCUGGAAAUCCAGAGGGAGGGAGCGCUGAGGUACAUGGUGGCCGAUGACACAAACUGUAUGGGAGCUGCACAGUGGCAGAAGUGCCGCCUGCUGCUGAGGAAGACGAAGAGGGAGGAAGGAGGGGAGAGGUUCCUGCUGGAGUUCUACGUACCACCAAAGUCCUCGAAGCCCAAAGUGAGCAUCCCUCUGUCAGCCAUCGUGGAGGUGAGGACCACCAUGCCCCUGGAGAUGCCCGACAAGGACAACACCUUUGUUCUUAAGGUGGAAAAUGGGGGCGAGUACAUCCUGGAAACCAUUGACUCGCUGCAGAAAAACUCCUGGGUUGCUGACAUUCAGGACUGCACAGACCCGGGCGACAGCGGUGAUGACAUCGAGUUGGCGUCGUGUCCUCAUGGUCAGGCCUCCAAAGACUGCUCCAUGGUGGCCUCCUGCAGCUGCGAGCUGCUGUCUGAGGGUGUGUAUCGUGCUCCGGAGAGGUCGUGUCCUACAGCAGCAGAGCAUUACAGCGCCCCUUCAGUCCGUUGCAGGGAACCCCCCUUCACCCAGCACCCAUCUCACAUGCCUUUAGAGCGCUUCCUCCAGUCUCCAGAGGCCCAGGGCUCCAACUCUUCUGCAGGUGGCAGUGAAGGAGCGAAAGAAUCAGAUGGCGAUGCCAGCCUGGCAGGUUACCCAUGGUUCCAUGGUACACUGUCUCGCGUGCGUGCCGCGCAGUUGGUUCUUGCGGGCGGCGCCAGGAGCCACGGGCUCUUUGUGAUUCGUCAGAGCGAGACACGGCCGGGCGAAUACGUCCUCACCUUCAACUUCCAGGGCAAAGCCAAGCAUUUGCGCUUGUCGGUAAAUGAGAAUGGGCAGUGCCACGUACACCACUUGUGGUUCCACACAGUGUCGGACAUGUUGAGACACUUCCACGCCCACCCUAUCCCCCUCGAGUCUGGGGGCUCCGCGGACAUCACCCUACGCUCCUACGUACAAGUCCAGCGAAGCUCCAUCACAGAUGUGACUGUGCCUCCAGUCCCCACCCCACCCAGGGAUGCAGGCUGCCGGACAGAUCCAGCCCAGCCAGCCCUCCAACCUCCUGGAAUCACAGCACCUGCAGGGCCUCCUCCAGACCCCCCGCUCUCCUCGAGCACCUCCUCAUCACCCACCACCCUUCCCUCCCUCUCCCGCAGCGACCCAGGUACUGGAGGCGGAGUAGGAGCAGGGUUACAGAGCCGGAGCAACAGCUCCGAGCGCCUGCUGGAGGCCUCUACUGGGGCAUCUGAGGACUACCAUGACGCAGACGGGACUCGCAGGGCCCGGGCUGUGGAGAACCAGUAUUCUUUCUACUAAACCACCCAGUGCAGGGUUCAGUCCUGUAUUUUCUGGAUUGGAGAAGGUGCAGGAAGUUGGAGGAUGACAUGGGAUGCCCUGCUGAUGAUGAAACGGUCCAAAUCACUGGAUCGCCCAUUGUUAUGUUUGUUUAUGUUUGUUUCAAGGCAAUUUCCUGUUUCUCUGAUAUGAGAAAGGCUGCGAGAUCGUGUCGAGCCAUGUGUCCAUGCAGAUAAAUCCCUCAAGUUCUUUGUUUCGAGUUCACUUGUUAGGGAUGUGAGUGAACAGACAUAUAGAGGGCUACAGGUAGAGAAGGAGAGGUUGAGAUGGAGCCGGAGAUUAGACCAAGCUCUAGAAAAUAUAACGGUGAAGAUAAAUAUAGGAAGAGAAAGUAAGAGGGUGAGCCAGUGGAGUCAUGUGGAUUUGAUUCACCUCUUCUAACCACCUCCUGUUCACCCUUGCCCACAGUUCCCUCGGAGCAGAGCCUGUGUCACUACUCUGUUUAUAGACUGAGAGUUUAAAAUGACCCUGAGGAAAUAGACCCUCCCCUUACAGCUCCACCGAGCUCCCGAGAGCAUCCCAUUAAUGUUUGUAAAGCUGCUUUGAGUCUGUCCCGGAUAUCCUCACUGUCCCUGUGGGCUUUCCCUACAAAGUCUCUGCUCUACACUAACAUCAGUACAGCAAUCAUGGGUGUGUUAGUGUUAGCUCUGAGAUGUUCUACUUAAACGUGUACAGCCGAAAGGGUCUCAGUGCCUGAUUGUUUCCUUGGACUUGUUGCCUGCAGCGAUGAGGAGGAGGAUGUUGACAUAUAGUAACAACAGCCCAUAAAUUAAAUACAGGUGAUUAUUUUGCUAUCGGUUUCUGCUGAAAACAUACUGAACACAUACUGUAUCUGUGCAAACUGAAACAGUUUCAUUCUCACAGUUUUGUUGGAAGCUGCAACACACACAGGUGGUCAUAUGUUGUGUUACAAACCAGUUUCAAAAUGUUGAAAUGGAAAAUGAAACAAGUUCAGUGUGUGCGAAUAUGGCAGCAUGGCUCCCAUCGCUGCCAUAUGGGGUUAUUUCUAUGAGUGUGUGUGGAGUCCAAAUGUUUUUCAGAUGUGCUACAGUGGUGUUUCCAAAAACAUGGUUUUCAGGGUCCCUCCGUCUGGUGCUGAUCUGUAUUCAAGCCCAUCAUAUCGAUAACUUGUAGACUAGAGAAGCUGUUAAUAUAGGAAUUCAAUGCCUUGGAGAUAUUAUUAUACUAAAUCCAGCAUAGAGGGAGGGACUUGGGAUGUGUGUGUUAGGACGGUGGCAGUGUUGUGUAUGUGACGCCUGCAGCUGAACGUGUGGCUCAACUGGAACGGUACAGUUUGUAAAAUUAAAGGUUACUAGAUGGCCAUGCUUGAACAGGAAACAUGCCCCAUGACGACACAAUACUGCGAUUUAGUUUUUUUUUAUGGUUAUAAAUCAAAAAAAAAUCACACCACAAAAUAUUUAUUACUGUUAGAACUAUCCAUCCAUUAUCUAUCUCCGCUUUAUCCAUUAAGGGUCGCGGGGGAGCUGGAGCC